CAAAAAUACUACUUACUAAACUCCGGAGGACCGCAGUGUAACCCGCUCGGAGAGGCUGCGGAGCUCAAACUGCUACAACAGCUCCGUGUUUUCACCAGCGGAGCUCAGAUGUGAAGGAGCUCCACCGCGGAAAAAACCCGCUCUCUCCCAACAGAGUCUAGGAGGACAGGCACCAGCAUCUGAAAAUGCCGCAACAGAAGGACAUAGUAAAGAUUGCUAUUCAGAUGCCGGGGGCAUACCCCCAGCUCAUCCAGCUGGAUCAGAAAAAGCCGCUCUCUGCGGUGAUAAAAGAAGUUUGUGACAAGUGGAAUCUUUCGGGCCCUGAGAACUUCGCUCUUCAGUACGCAGAUGGAGUCCAGACCUACAUCACGGAGUCUAAUCGAUUGGACAUUAAGAAUGGCAGCAUUCUCCGGCUGACCAAAGCUCCAGGCCGCUGUGCAGAGGACCUCUAUAAGGGCAUUCAGAGUUCAGACUCUGGUGUACGCUGUGAGUCGCUGAAGGAGCUGGCUGCUGUGUCCACAGACAUUACCUUCGCUCAAGAGUUUAUCAGCCGAGACGGACACUCGCUGCUCGUCCAGAUCGUGGAGGAUGCUAAUGAGGUCCCUAUGGUUAUGUUACACACGCUUACGGCCUUCAUGGAGCUGAUGGACCAUGGAAUCGUUUCCUGGGAGAACCUCUCCAGCGUCUUCAUCAAAAAGUUGGUCAGUUUUGUGAAUGGAAAGCUACUGGAUGCCUCUAUCCAGCAGGUGUCCCUGGACAUCAUGGAGAGCAUGGUCCUGAGCAGCAGCAGCCUCUUCCAUCAGAUCAGAAAGGAGAUCACUCUGGAUCAACUCAUCUCCCACCUGCAGGUGUCUAACCAGCUGCUUCAGACUAAAGCCAUGGCCCUCCUGAUGGCCCUGUUGCAGACUGCUGGGGAGACAGAUAGGCAGGACCUUUUUGCUUUCCUUGAGAAGAAGAACAUGCGCCAGUACAUCUACAAGAACAUCAUCCACAGUUCAGGUUCGGUUGGAGAUGAAAUGGCUCAUCACCUGUACGUGCUGCAGUCAGUCCGUCUGAACCUCCUGGAGCCGCGCAUGAAGACGCCGCUGGACUCCUUUAAUCAGGAGCAGAGGGAAGCACUGCACAGUUUGCGCCAGGCUGUGUUUGAGACGGAAAGUGAGGGCAGUCUGAGUAAUGAGCGGCGUCGUUCACUCUGCGCUAAAGAGUUCAAAAAGCUGGGCUUUUCGAAUAACAGUAACCCGGGUCAGGACCUGGGCCGGACUCCUCCAGGCCUGCUGGCUCUUGACACCAUGACAUACUUCGCCUCCCGUUACCCAGACGCCUACAGCAGAUUUGUUCUAGAGAACAGCAGCAGAGAGGAUAAGCAUGAGUGUCCGUUUGCCCGCAGCAGCAUCCAGCUCACACUCACCCUUUGUGAGAUUCUGCGUAUCGGAGAACCACCAUCAGAGACAGGUUCGAACUACCACCCCAUCUUUUUUGCACAGGACAGGCUGCUGGAGGAGCUUUUCUGCAUCUGCAUCCAGCUGCUGAACAAAACCUGGAAGGAGAUGAGAGCCACGCAGGAAGACUUUGAUAAGGUUAUGCAGGUGGUUCGGGAGCAGAUCACCAGGACCCUGUCCAGUAAGCCCACCUCACUGGAGCUCUUUAAGAACAAGGUGAAUGCUCUGAACUACAGUGAGAUCCUGAAGCUGCGGCAGACUGAGAGACUGCAUCAGGAGGAGACCCUGGCCCCACCUGUGCUUGAGCUGAAAGAGCGUCUGAAGCCGGAGUUGUUGGAGCUGAUCAGACAGCAGAGGCUGAACCGGCUGUGUCAUGGCACGCUGUUCCGCAAGAUCAGCAGUCGCCGGAGACAAGAUAAGCUGUGGUACUGCCGGCUCUCUCCUAAUCACAAAGUCCUGCACUAUGGAGAUGUGGAGGAGGAGACCGAGACACCCUCCAUUGAGAGUCUGCAGGACAAAAUCCCUGUGGCAGAUAUCAAAGCGCUGCUGACUGGAAAGGACUGUCCUCACAUGAAAGAAAACAAAGGCAAACAAACCAAGGAGAUGCUGGACCUGGCAUUCAGCAUUACGUACGAUGUUGAGGAGUACAGCUUGAAUUUCAUCGCCUCCUCCAGAACAGAUUUCUGCUUGUGGACGGAUGGGCUGAAUGUUUUGCUGGGCAAAGAGAUGAGCAGUGAGGCGAUGCGCAGCGAACUGGAAAUCCUUCUCUCCAUGGAGAUUAAGCUCCGCCUCCUGGACCUCGAGAACGUCCCCAUCCCUGACACAGCCCCACCUAUCCCCAAACCCCCUAGUAACUUCAACUUCUGCUACGACUUUAGCCAGGCGGAGCAGUAACUUCGGGCACUGACCAUGUUUCAGCUCUUCUGAAGUGAGCGGAUACCCCGUUAGCACAGACGGAUGUGCUGGUAGCAGACACACUACGGCCUUAAGAUCAGGAGAUUUGUGAAAAAAGCAGGCUGUGAGUAAGAGGGGCAGUGUUUUACUGCUGUUUUGUAUGACGUUGUGCCCUCACACACACAAAUCACUAAAUCCUCACUGAAACUUUUUCCAUAGAGUGACACACCCCAGUGUGGUGAUGUGGUUGCCUUUCUUGAAGCUGAAUGUAAAGGUGUUGUU